AUGGAGAGGUCCAAGAUGUUUCUCCUCUCAGUGAGAAACAGUGACCAUCUAGUGAUACAUGCUUGGAGCAUUGCCCUGGCUGUCAUCAGUCAGGUGAUCUCAGACAUCUUCUUUAGCCUGGUAAAGGACAGCAGCGUGCCCAACGCUCUGUUUCAGACCUCAUUCAGGAAUGUGUCUGAGACCUUCUCCCUGGAGGUGACUAUGGACUGGUGGUCGGAAAGUUACUGGAUUAUGAUUGACUUUUGGUCGAUGACUUGGCUUGUGGAGGCAGUGGUCAGCCUUUUUAAAAGAAAUGUCCUCGGUCCACAGUCUUGCAAUCCGGAAAUCCACCCGCCAGUAUUUUAUCUGAUGUGGACUGUCAUUAACGUUGCAAGAAUAUGCAGCAUGCUUCUAUGGGACAGCCACAAUAUAUAUGGAGCUGUCUUACUCAGAUGGAUUCUACCAGCCCUCAGCUUCUACAUGCUCUACAUGUCCUACUCUAACCUCAGCAAGCACAAAGCCUGGCUAGCCAUCAACAACCCCAGUGUGAUUUCGUGGACACGAUACCUGACCCAGAACGGAUUGGCAGUGUUUGCCUGGUGGUCUCUCUUGAACGCUGUGGUCGGUUUUGGUAUUGUGCUUAAGUACAAAGCUGGUGUACCGGACCCACUGGUCAGCACCAUCGUGCUCGCCAUCGUCUCCUUGAGCACUAUAACCUGGUUCAUCCUGCAGAGCUUCCUGUUAACUAAGCACUUACGCUAUACAUUCGGCGUUUACACCAUUCUCAUUCUGGGCCUGGGUGCAAUGUUCACGAGAAGCUAUCGUUCCCAUGACUUCACUGCAAACACAGUCUAUUGCGGGUUUUUUAUGCUCAUGAUGACCAUCAUGAGUCUGAUCCAUUUGAUCUCUUCAUGUUUGUACACGGAGGAGUCAAGCAAACCUCUUGCUAUGGAGCCCUAUCUGAACUUCGAGGGCUGUGUGACAGUGUGCCAACCAGAGGUGAAGAUCAAGCAGAAACUUCACAACUGACAUCAA